AAAAAUAGCAAAAAAGGACAACACGCAAAUUUCAAACAGGUGAUUUUGUAUCACUUGAGCACCAUGGUUCAUGUUCGACUUCUGACACAUCCUUGUUGCUUUGGAAAAUGAUGGUGCAGCUCUGCAGCAAUCAACAAAAUAGGGGAAAUAAUUAUGGGGUCCUCAAGUGUCUACCGAAGAUGAUAUAAUCAAAAGGUAAAAAGGUGCAAUAAAAAUGGUCUCAGCAUGCCCUCGAAGCUUCUCCAUCAGGCCCUGGAUGCUGUUUGGUGUCGCUGGCCUCCUGAUAUUGGGCCUCAUCUUGUUCCAUUUGCAGGCCCAAAUUGACACGCUCAAUACAUCAAGAUUGCAUUUAGAGAGAGAUCUGUCCAAACUUAACUCUCAGCGACGAAAGCAGCAAAAACUGUCUUCAUCAGAGUUGCAGUUUGAGCGCGAUCUGGUGGUCAUCUACAACCGGGUGCCCAAAACUGGCUCGACCAGCUUCGUCGGCGUGGCCUACGACCUGUGCAAGGCUAAUGCCUUCCACGUUCUCCAUCUCAACAUCUCAGCCAAUAUGCACAUCCUCACGCUGCCAAGCCAGGCGCGCUUAGUGCAGAAUGUCUCCGAUUGGCGGGAGAUGCGGCCUGCCUUUUUUCAUGGCCACCUUGCCUUUGUUGACUUUCAAAAGUUUGGAACUCCUUUGAGGCCGGUAUACAUAAACGUAGUGCGCAAGCCAUUAGACAGGCUUGUCUCUUACUACUACUUUCUAAGACACGGUGAUGACUUCAGGCCUCAUCUCGUGCGAAGGAAGCACGGAGACAAUGUGUCAUUUGAUGAGUGCGUGCAGCAAAACCUGGAAGACUGCAGUCCUGACAAUAUGUGGCUGCAGAUCCCUUUCUUCUGCGGCCACGCUCCCUCCUGCUGGGAAAAGGGCAACGAGUGGGCACUGCAGGAGGCCAAGAAGAACCUGCUGGAGCACUAUCUUGUUGUUGGCGUCACAGAGCAGAUGGACGACUUUAUCGCCCUGCUUGAAGUUACCUUGCCCUCCAUGUUCCAUGGCGCAGUUCAGCACUUUGCGUUGAGUAGUAAAUCUCACUUGCGGAAAACAAGCCAAAAGGCGGACCCGCUGCCUCAGACCGUGGCUCUAAUUGAGAAAAGUAAGAUCUGGAUUAUGGAAAACGAGUUCUACCAGUUUGCAGUGCAGCAGUUCUCGUACUCGCUGAAGAAAGCUCAGGCUGCUGGGGCCAGUGGUGCGCAACAGACCUUUUUCUAUGAGAAGAUCCGGCCCAAAUGACGGUCGGCAUUUUAGGGAAGAAUGAAACGGACUUUGUUGCUAAUUAUAAGCAUGCGAAUGGUGUAGUUGCACUGAUACUGAACGGCAGCGCCAGCUAAAUGGAAACAAUAACUCUGCUCAAAUUCCUCAAUUCUAUAACUACUGUUGCUGAUUAAUAUUUAUUAGAAUAGUAUUUUUAUAUGCAAUCCAUCCACGGUUAAACUAGGUAAUUGUGGAGACAGCUCGGGUGACGCUGCUUGGAACCUUUCCAAAUCAUAGCUUUCUCUUGGAACAUCAUCUGUCUCUUUUGUUCUACGAGAAAACAAACAAUAAAGUAGCUCAAUUUUCUUGACUUAAUUCCAAGCUGGUUGGUGCGUUAAAUGGCCCUCUUUUCAGGGAUUCUUGAUACGGCCAUACACUCACUAGCACACUAGUAGAUAUUUUUGUACAGUUUAAGGUGUAUAGAAAAUUGUUGGUGCCAUAGAGGUUAAAUGUUUGUGUUAAUUUACUUACACAUUCAAGCAUCAUUGCAGUUGUUAAUGUCGAACUUAUUGGUGUGAGCAUAAUGAAGUCUGUUUUUAUCUGAUUA